CGCCGUCAGCUGUUGGCGUCGUCGCCUCGCGGGGAGAGCGGCGGCGCUGCGGGCGGAGGUGGCGACCCCUUCGGAACGGGCGCAAAGGGUAGCCUAGGCGGCCAGGGCGUGCGCUCCCGCCUGGGACACGCACACUCCGCGGUCACUUUCCAAAGGAUUCCUACCGCCUCUCCUUCCCCUACUUUCUUAAGGGGUCGCCCCUUGAUCCCUGGAGUCGCCGUAACCGCCCGCACCUCCUGUCUCCCAUCUCGGGAGCCCCGGGCGGGGACACCCCGCAUCGCACGUCGCCCAGCGUCCGGGCACCUGGCUCAGCAGGAGGCCCCCGGGUCGGGGCAGGGCAGGGCCGGCGGUGGCGAGCCGGAGCCCGCCCAGCGCCCGGGCCCUGCCGGCCCCUCGGAGCCCACUCAUGGGGCCCCAGCUCCGCGCGCCCCCUCGCCCGGCCGCGCCCCGAGCCGCGCCGAGGAGGAGGAGGAGCAGGAGGAGCCGUGCGCAGUGAUCCGGGAGCCGCGGCCACCGCAGGCAGGCGCUUCUCCGCACCUCCGGGCGCUUCCAGGCAGCCCUCCGCGCCGAACCAAAGGCCUGGCCCGCCAGCCGCGAGCCAUGAUGAAGACCCUGUCGAGUGGGAACUGCACACUCAGUGUGCCUGCCAAGAACUCGUACCGCAUGGUGGUGCUGGGCGCCUCCCGGGUAGGCAAGAGCUCCAUCGUGUCCCGCUUCCUCAACGGCCGCUUCGAGGACCAGUACACGCCCACCAUCGAGGACUUCCACCGCAAAGUGUACAACAUCCGUGGCGACAUGUACCAGCUGGACAUCCUGGACACCUCCGGCAACCACCCCUUCCCCGCCAUGCGCAGGCUCUCCAUCCUCACAGGCGAUGUUUUCAUCCUGGUCUUCAGUCUGGAUAACCGCGAGUCCUUCGACGAGGUCAAGCGGCUCCAGAAGCAGAUCUUGGAGGUCAAGUCCUGCCUGAAAAAUAAGACCAAGGAGGCAGCCGAGCUGCCCAUGGUCAUCUGCGGCAACAAGAACGACCACGGCGAGCUGUGCCGGCAGGUGCCCAGCACCGAGGCCGAGCUACUGGUGUCAGGCGAUGAGAACUGCGCCUACUUCGAGGUGUCAGCCAAACGCAACACCAACGUGGAUGAGAUGUUCUACGUGCUCUUCAGCAUGGCCAAGCUGCCGCACGAGAUGAGCCCCGCUCUGCACCGCAAGAUCUCCGUGCAAUACGGCGACGCCUUCCACCCUCGGCCCUUCUGCAUGCGCCGUGUCAAGGACAUGGACGCCUACGGCAUGGUCUCGCCCUUCGCCCGCCGGCCCAGCGUCAACAGCGACCUCAAGUACAUCAAGGCCAAGGUCCUGCGGGAGGGCCAGGCCCGUGAAAGGGACAAGUGUGUCAUCCAGUGAGCAGAAGGGACGCUGGGGCAGGGCUUGGGCAGUGCCUUAAAGGGCCCCAGAUGCCAGCUCCCUGCAAACCCUCCUGCCGGGGCAGGGGUUGGGGGGGAGCGUGGCCAUCUUGUUUAGACACCUGUGACCCAGGCCAGAGGCCCAGCGCCGACCUCUGCCCUUCCCUUGGCCCAUCCUCGCCCGCCAUUUACCCUUGAGCCUCUGUCCAUUGCUCCCCUGUGGUUCCAGCUUUUCCAUGGUGGUUGGUG